AUGGCAUCGCGACGUCGCUUCCCCACGUCCGUCGUCAAUCAUCGCUGUCGCGGCACCCCCGACUGCACCUGCGCUUUCUGCCAAGACUUCGCCGCAGCACCCCCCGCGAACCAAGCCGCGAACGUUGCAGCAAAUCCCGCCGCAACCCCCGCCACUGCCAGCGCGGGUACCACCAGAGACGCACCGCGUAUACCGUCGUCAGUGGAAGAAGCGACCGCGCUGCGAGCCGCCGUAGAUUUCGGCGGCGCCGCUCCGGACUAUCUGCGUCGCGGGCGGGCCGACUCGCAGUCUGGGGCCGACGGACCGUUAGGGGAUCGUGUAGGGCCCGCGAUUGACGGCGUGGCACGCGGCGCAACAGGCGGCGAGGGAGGCGGCAGAGGAGAGGAGGCGAUCGACGCGCAGAGCGGGCGGGAAAUGGCGGCUGGGCGAUCGGGACUGAUUUUCGCGACGGGGAUGCGUGGGCGAGACGUUCCCCCUGUGCCGUCCCUGCUGCAGCUGUGUGUGGGCGAGGUGGGGCGCUACCUGCCUUGCCUCCUCCGCAUGGACUCACGCGAGUGCGAGUUGGACUUGAGAGGCUUCGUGGCACUGCUGCCCUCGCACGCGCGGCUCGCGCUGACAGCCAUCGCGAGGCGUCGAGGGCUGCUCUCUGAUUGGCUGCUGGAAGCGCUGGUGGAUGACACAUGGCAGAUUGUGGACUUGUGUGGAUCUAACGUGUCAGACCAAGGCCUGUGCCAUGUGGCACAGACCUGCACCAAGCUUGUAGCUUUAGACAUCAGAGAAUGCAACGCCUUGUCGCUCCAGGCGCUCACACUCCUCCUCAAGGCCUGCCCCGCCUUGCAGGUGCUGCGCAUGGGGGGCUCCCCUGCUUGCAACAAGGUCGCCCGAGCAGCAGUCAAGUGGAUGCUACCGCAGCAGCCUGUAAGGGGUACAGAAGGUGCAGAGAGCGCAGAGGCAGGAGAGGAGGAGGUGGAGGGGGAGACAGCACAAGGAGAGAGGGAGGGGGGGGAGGGCGGGUGGGAGGGCAGUUGGGAGGAGGUGGAGGAGCGACUGGAGGAGAGAGUUCCUGCCCUGCGGUGGCUCAUCUGGCCUGAGGCGGACCCCAACACAGCAUCACUGCUCGCCUCCAAGUGCCCGCGUAUCCUCCUCAACCCCGCCCCGCCCUCUCCUCCUCCCCCCCACUCUCUGCCUCCCCCUUACUGUCACAUCCCCACUACUCUUCCCUCCUCCGACCCGUCCAUUCCUCCUAACCUUCCCACUUCCAUCCCUGCCCUCCCCUCCGCACUCCUCUCGCGCACCCCCCUGCAAGCCUUCCCGGCUCUCCCCCUCGACGCCCCGCACCUGGUCGGUAUCCCCCCGGCAGUGUGGGAGAGGGGCGCUGGAGAGGACGAGGAGGAGGGGGAGGAAGGCGAGGAGGAUGAGGAGGAGGGGAUAAGAGGAGAGGCGGAGGCAAGAGGGCGGAGGAGAGGAUUGGUGAUGGAAGGAGCACGAGCAAAGGUGAAGUCAGGAGCAGAGGUACCACAAGAGGUACCACAGGAAUCAGAGGCGCCACAGGAGUUGUCGGUAGCAGAGCGGUUCAGGCUGGCGUUUGUGGCGCGCGAUGAGAGGCUGGCGCCCAAGCGCGCCAAGAACCAGCGCCAGAGGGAGCGCCGCGAGGGGCGGGACCGCGCCGCUGCUGACGUGGCGCUGCGGGCGCGGCUGCUGGCUAGUGCUGCCACUCGAUUGCUGCGGCUGUGA